AAGAGGCUGCCUUAGCAACGACCCCCCGAGAACAACAGCCAUGGCACAGUCUGUGGUGGUGCAGGUGGGCCAGUGCGGGAACCAGAUCGGUUGCCGUUUCUGGGAUCUGGCGCUGCGGGAACACGCGGCAGUCAACAAGAAAGGAAUUUAUGAUGAAGCAUUGUGCAGUUUCUUUAGAAAUGUGGACCCUAGAUCAGGUGAUGAUGGUGCUGAUAUUUCCAAAGGAAAGAUUUGUUCCUUAAAAGCUCGUGCUCUGCUGAUUGACAUGGAAGAGGGUGUAGUAAAUGAAAUUCUUCAAGGGCCAUUGAGAGAUGUCUUUGAUAGCAAGCAGCUGAUCACAGAUGUUUCUGGCUCAGGAAACAACUGGGCUGUGGGUCACAAAAUGUACGGAUGUCAGUACCGAGAGCGUAUUGUAGAAAAGCUGAGGAAGACUGCAGAGCACUGUGACUGUCUGCAAUGCUUUUUUGUCAUUCAUUCCAUGGGAGGGGGGACGGGAUCUGGCCUCGGUACAUUUGUACUGAAUGUGCUUGAGGAGGAAUUUCCAGAAGUAUAUAGAUUUGUUACUUCAAUUUAUCCUUCAAGAGAGGAUGAUGUCAUUACGUCUCCUUAUAACAGCGUCUUGGCUAUGAAGGAGCUCAGUGAACAUGCAGACUGUGUAUUGCCAAUUGAAAAUGAAUCUUUAUUUGACAUAGUUAGUAAAAUCAAUCAAAUGACCAAAUGUGGAAAGCUAGGAUCAAGUGUAAAGCAAGCUAGCUUGGUAACUUCAAGUGGAAUGAAAACUACCAAGGAGAAACCCUUUGAUGCUAUGAACAAUAUUGUGGCUAACUUACUGUUAAACUUAACAAGCUCUGCUAGGUUUGAAGGAUCACUUAAUAUGGACCUUAAUGAAAUCACCAUGAAUUUGGUCCCCUUUCCUCGACUUCAUUACCUGGUUUCCAGUUUAACUCCUCUGUAUACAUUGGCUGAUGUUCAUGUGCCUUCUCGAAAGCUGGACCAAAUGUUUUCAGAUGCUUUUAGUAAAGAUCACCAACUGAUAAGGGCUGACCCAAAGCACUGCUUGUAUCUUGCCUGUGCUCUUUUAGUCAGAGGAAAUGUGCAUGUUUCAGAUCUCCGCAGAAACAUAGAAAGGUUGAAACCUGCUCUUAAUUUUGUAUCCUGGAAUCAAGAAGGCUGGAAAACUGGCUUAUGUUCAGUACCUCCUGUGGGCCAUUCUCACUCACUGUUGGCCCUGGCAAAUAACACUUGUGUGAAAUCUACUUUUCUAGAGCUCAAGGAGCGAUUCAUGAAGCUAUACAAGAAAAAGGCUCAUCUUCACCAUUACCUACACACUGAUGGAAUGGAGCAGAGCUGUUUCUCUGAAGCUCUUUCAUCUUUGUCAGAUUUAAUAGACGACUAUAAUCAGUUGGAUGUCAUGAGCUGUGGACCUGCAGUAGAUCCACCAAGACUGAAGAUAGCUAUGUAACAAUGAAGGGGGAGAACAUUAAAAGUUAAGAAAUCUGCUAACUAUACAUGUGCAUUCCAAGUAGUGUUAAGCGCUGUUAACGCACUAAUUUCACUGGGAGAAACUUAAGAACUUAACAGCACAUUCCAGAUGAAGUAAAGUAACAGAUGGUCUUACACAGUGUCUCAGAAUAUUAUUCUCGAGGGACAGUUGAAAUGCUUAGUUUGGGUGGCAGUGUCACACCAAGUGAUCUCUUUGUCCAGUUGUACAGAAGCUAUAUUAUGUACUUUACGGGAAUAGAAGGAUAGUAUAGAAUCCUCUUACAGUAUGCCUUUCCUUAUGUACUGUACUAUAAUGUGUUUCGUGUUUAUGCA